AUGAAAGGAGGCGGCUGGAGCAAAGGCACGCGCGGAGUGCGAGGGAUGGAUCAGCAGCACCAGUAUCAGCAACCCGUGGCGGCAGGACGCGCGGCGUACGAAUCAAUGGAUAUGCCCAAUAUGGGAAUGGAGAGUCGCGAUUACGGGCAGGAGGCAGCAGCGUGGGCGGACGAGAACGGUAACGAGGAUUUCGGACCGGUUGGAGUGAAAAAGAGCCGAGUGUCAUCCAACAUGGGGAGCUCCACGUGGGAGAUGAGCCGGCAGGAGAUGAAACGUAGUCGUACGGGCGAGGAAACGCCGUACGACGCGCAAGGCCGCUCCGCGAUUCCGGAUUUGCAGAGCCGAUCGAAGCCGGUGGCGGGGGCGAAGCGGGAGAGCGGCUUUUACGAAAGCGGCGCGUGGAGCAACGGCGUGCUGGGCGACAGGAACCCUAACUUCGCGAACGUCGCGAACGCCGCGAGCGUCGCAGGGCGGAGAGUGCGGGGGCAGACGCGCCUCUGUCUCCCCACACCCCCACCGCGCCCCAUCGCACCACGGGGCACGCUCAACCGCCUGCUAUCGAACCCAUCCAACUCGCCAGGUAGGUUUACUGGUUACCACACCGCCUAUGCUGUGGUAACCACACUGCUUUUUGAGGCGUCUCAAGAGUAG